AUGAACGAAACAAGUCCCUUUCUCACUUCCGAUCAUGAUCCGACCUCCAUGAGGACUUCUAACAACAACAACUAUAUGACAACGACUCUGAGUGAGCAUCAGGUUGGUGCUUCUGAUGAGACAAAACAACCACUCUUGAUGAUCAUCAAGACUCCGAAGGUGUAUACAAGACGAUGGUUUAUUCUUCUCAUUCAAUCCAUGCAAUCUUUAUUAUCUGCUUUUUAUCAAACCAUGUUCACUUCCAUUACAACAAGUGUUUUGCGAUAUUACCGAAUGAAGCCAACGGAUGGUUGGAAAGUUUCAUUAACUGCUUCUGUUUAUUUAUUUUUGAGUUUUCCAGUGGGUUUACUUGCAGCUUACACGAUGAAGAAGAAAGGUUUAAGAUUUUCAUUAUUUGUUGGAUCCAUUCUGGCAUUUAUUUCCGCUUGGAUUCGUUUUGCAGGAUUUAAAUCAGGAGAGGAAUUAUUCUUUUGGAUUGCAUUUGCUGGAUAUGUGGUGGGAGCAAUGUCUUCUCCGUUUGUUGUAAACACUGGUACUCUUCUAUCAAAGACUUGGUUUCCUCCAAAACAACGUACUAUUGCAACCACUAUUACGUCAUUCUUAAAUAUUGUUGGUACAGGAGUUGCAUUUGGUGCCGCAGCCGGUUUAGCAGGAGAUGCAACUUACAAUAACGAUCUUGGAAUGAUCGAGUUAUUGGCACUUCAAGCCAUUCUUGCGAGUGUUUUUUUAAUCAUUGUGGUCAUAUUCUUCCAAGACAAGCCACCCUCUCCGCCAUAUAUGGUCAAUGAAGAAAGUCCAGAAGAAGAAUUAUCAUUUCUUCAUGAAGCAAAGAAAAUGUUUACAACCAUUCCUUUCAUAUUUAUUUGGUUGGCAUUUGGAUUUGGUGUUGGUUCUGUGAACUGUUUUCUGACCGAAUUGAAUUCAAUAGCAACACCACAAGGGUACAGCGUUAAUGAAGUUGCAUUUAUGGGAAUUUCAUUUGUGGCUACCGGUUUACUUGGAGCUGCCUUAUUUGGAGUUGCUGCAGACAUUACCAAACGAUACAAAUUAAUUUUACUCAUUGCAGGAAUUCCUGCAGCAAGCUGUUAUGUUUGGUUCUCGGUGAAUAACAUUGCAGUACGUACAGACACUCAUUUCAUUUUGGCAAUGGUUUCCAUUUGCCUUAUUGGAUUCUUUGGAAUUCCUCUCGUGCCAAUCAUGCUCGAAAUGGCCUGUGAAUUGACGUAUCCAGUUCCUGAAUCCUUCAGCUCCUCUCUCAUGUUUGGAUUUGGAAAUUUGAUGAGUGUUAUAUUUAUAUUUAUUUCAGAAGCUCUCAAACAAACACAAAUUGAUCCAAGAAGUGGAAGAGAAGUUGUCCUCUCCAUGCAAAAUUCCAUGUGGUUCUGUAUGUCCAUGUUAUUAACCUCGGUGGCUUUGGCAUGUUGUGUGAAACCAGCUUACAAACGAAUGGAACAUGAAAAGAAUCUUCAUGAACAAAGUUUGAAUCAUUUGAAAUCCAUUAAUAACUGA